UUUAGUUUCAUUUUCGUUUCUGCUCUAUAAGAGCCUCAUUGAGCUCGGAGGAGUCAGUCCGGAGUCUAAAUCACCAACAUCAUCGUGUGCUGAAUCUCUGUAGAAAUGUACGAGCAGGAAAAGGAGAAUUUACGACGCUCGAGUGAAUAUAUCACUAAGAUUUUGCGACCGUCACUUAUCAAAACCUUCAUGACGGAAUACCUGGAUAAAGAGGUCGUGGAAAACAUUAUCUCAAUAGAGCUGAAAUCAUCUGUUACCACAGCAGCUCAAAUAUUGUUGGACAGAAUGUAUGAGUUAGAUAAAGUGGGCUGGUUUCAGGCCUUUCUGGACAUCCUACAUGCCUCAGACUAUACUGGUCUUUAUGCGGCCAUUAAGGAGUGGAACUUCCGUGAGAUAGAAGAGCUGCAGGAACACAGAAAGCUUCUGGAGAAGAUCGAACCAUCCAUCACCAAACACAUGAAGCCUGGCGAGCUGCUCACCCACAUGAGCGACUGUCUGAACAUGAGGGAAUGCGAGGAGAUCCGAGCGACAGAAAAUAUGCGUGGUCCGAUAGCUGCCAGUGAGAAACUGGUGGAGUGUCUUUUGCGUUCAGAUAAACCAAACUGGUUUAAAGUGCUGAAGAUCGCUCUGGACGCAUGCAGCUUAUACCAGGCAUUAGAACUGCUAGAAUUAAAUGGAGGUAGUACGGUUAUGAAGGAAGCUGCAUGUGAUGGAGAUUCAGAAACAAUGAUGUCAGUGUGUUUUGAGUACAGAGAGGGCGGUGAGAGUGAAGAUAAUCUGAGCGCUAACAACAUCAGUUCCACAGAGAUGACCAUUGGGUCAACAGGGGUCGGUGAAGGUGAGCGUUUAGGUGAAAAGAAGCUUAGAGAGUAUCAGAAGGAACUGACCACCGCUGCUGCUAAAGGACACAACACCAUCAUCUGUGCUCCUACAGGAUGUGGGAAAACUAUUGUUGCCUUGGCAAUCUGUGAAAAUCACCUGCAGAAGUUCCCUGGCAGGGCAAAGAUUGUGUUCAUGGCAACAAAGGUUGAUGUCUAUGAACAGCAGUACAAACUUUUCAAGGAACACUUUUCCUGCAAGGACCCCAGUAUCAGGGUGACGGGUAUGUGUGGUGAUAUGGAGGGUCUGUCUGUGUGCUGGCUCCUGGAGAAUCAUGAUAUUGUGGUGUUGACGGCUCAGAUCCUGGUGAACGCUCUUAAUAGCGGCGAGGUGUCGUCUCUCGAGCUGCUGUCACUCAUUCUGCUGGAUGAGUGUCAUAACACGACCGGAAAACACCCGUAUAACAACAUCAUGACCCGUUACCUGGAUACCAAACUUACCACCAACACACACUCACUGCCACAGAUUGUGGGUCUGACAGCGUCAGUUGGCAUCGGUUCAUUCAAGAAUCUGCUGGAGGCAGAAAACAAUAUCUUACAGCUGUGUGCUAACCUGGAUGCCAGGGUCAUCACCACAGUUACCCAACACCUGGACGAGCUCAGGUCAUAUGUGCACACACCUCAGAAAGAGUUUUUUGAGGUUCUUCAGCGCACAUCUGAUCCCUUCAUCAGGAUAAUCUGCAACAUCAUGAGUAACAUCGAACAGCUCGCACAGACUGUCUACAAUAUCGAGAGUCUGUCAAACGUUCAGAACCGUGAGUAUGGAUCUCAGAAGUACGAGCAGUGGAUCGUGUCCGUUCAGAAAUGCUGCAGAGUUCUUCAGAUGAGCAAUGAAGAGGAGGAGAGGAGGAUCUGCAGAGCGCUCUACAACUACACUGAACACCUGAGGAAAUAUAAUGAUGCUCUGAUAAUUAACGAGGACGCUCGGACUAAAGAUGCGCUGGAUUAUCUGGAUGCGUUUUUUGAGCAGGUCCGAAACGCCGGCUACGAUGAGACUGAGAGGAAAGUCACCGCCUUAUUUGACAGUCAGCGGCCGCAGUUGCUGCUUUUGGCCAAUGAGGGGCAGCAGAACCCUAAACUAGAGGAGCUCAAGUUCAUUCUGGGUGAAGAAUAUCACAACAAUGAACAGACGCGCACGGUUCUGUUCGUCAGGACACGAGCCCUCGCUGAUGCCAUGAAGAAAUGGAUUGAAGACACUGAUUCCCUGAAGUUCCUGAAACCCGGAGUUCUGAUUGGAAAAGGACGAAAAUCAAACUCGGGAAUGACUCUGACCAAUAAGAAAGGAGUUCUGGACUCGUUUAAGAGUUCUGAUCAGAGUAAGAUACUGAUCGCCACAUCUGUCGCUGAUGAAGGCAUCGAUAUCCCACAAUGCAACCUGGUGCUCAUGUAUGAGUAUGUGGGGAACGUGGUGAAGAUGGUGCAAGUUAGAGGUCGUGGUCGUGCACAGGGCAGUCGUUGUUUCCUGAUCUCCAGCAGUAAAGAGCGCAUUGAGAAAGAGCGCAUGAACGUGUUUAAGGAGCAGAUCGUGGAAACCGCCAUCACCCGACUGCAGAGUCGCCCUGAUGACAUCUGUAACAAGGUGGACCUGAUACAGCGGGAAGAUAAGGCCAGGAGGGAUCUUAUUAGUGCGAGUCCUGAUAAACCCAAAACUCAGGCCAGCUACCAGCUCCUCUGCGCCAAGUGCAAGAAGUUUGCGGCUUUGAGCGAGGACCUUCGAGUCGUGCAGAAGUCUCAUCACAUCAUUCUGGAUAAUACUAUCUUCAAACGCUGCAUCACAAUACCCCAUAAAAACCCCAAAAGCUUUGAUGGUAUCAGCAAGAAAGAGAAGAUGCUGUGUGCUGAGUGCAGACACGACUGGGGCAUCAUCGCCUCCUACGUCACCAUACAGGAUCUGCCGGUGUUGAAGAUCGAGAGUUUCGUGUUGAAGAAUCGCGUCACUCAAAAGCAGCUCUACUUCAGGAAGUGGCGUGACGUGACGUUCGCCAUUCGAGAGUUUGACAUGACGGAGAUCACGCCUGAAACAUGGCCACUGAGAGAAUAAGGACGACAAACUGAAUCACUGAACAUAGCACACACAAACAUACUGUUUAUAUUAGAGCUGUCAAUAGAUUAUAAUAAUUCAUUACAAUUAAUCUCAUGACUUUAUUUGUUGUUACAUGUUGAGCUUCAGUGAUUAUAAGACUGCAAAUUACUUGAUUAAAUAUUUCCCAGGUAAGAGGUCACCUUUAUUGUUGUACACAUAGAACAUGGACAUGAUUAUUAAUGGAGAAUAUAAUAAUAUUAAUGGAUUAUUGAUUCAUUAGACAUGACUAGUUAGCCUUUAAUUAUGACUGUACUGACAGGAAAUGAAAUUUACACAUAAUUGAAAAUAUAAAAAAUAAAAAUAAAGUAAAUAAGCAUUU